UUUUAAUACUUGAUAAAAUCGAUUUCAAAUAUCAUUAAUAUUGUUCAAAAACGAGUUUUUGCUUUAGAUAUUGUGUUGUUAACAAUAAUCUGAUUAAUGUUAUCAUAUUGACGAUUUGUCGACUAAUAAUCCGUGUUUGAGUAAUCGUUAUCAGUGUGUAUUACUGUGAUUACGAAUUGUCAAAAUUGAUUGAGCUCGCUUUUGUAAUUUGAUAAAGUGUUAGAAAAUACUGUGUUGGGUUGUAUACAGCUGUGUCAGCCAUGAGUGAGCGACCACAGCCUCUGAAGGCCGUCAACAAGCUCUUUGAGGGCAAAGAGCCAUGGCAGAUAGUGACCAUGACCGCAUCCUCAGUGCUCGCUCUUGUGUGGGCACAUAGCUUGUACAAUGCCAAAGAAACUCCCACAACGCGUCUUCGCAAGGAAUUCUUCAGAUGGCUCCGUCGGGUGCCCAUAGUGAGGAGGAAGAUUGAGGAAAAGAUGGCAGAAAUCAACAGUGACUUCCGAAAGGAUGUGACCAAGAGGUUAGCUGGUGUGACGGUGAGGAGGGAGCUGCCUGAGCAUGGGCUGGACUCCGAACAGGUGAUGGAGGAAGUCAGGGAUCAUGUGGCGCUAGGUUCCUACGACUGGCAAGGGGGUAGCGUAUCAGGCGCGGUGUACCACGUAAGCAAAGAGAUCAGCCAAGUGGCGUGCGAUGCCUACAGCCUGACUGCUUACACCAACCCCCUACACGCCGACGUGUUCCCUGGCAUCAACAAGAUGGAGGCUGAAAUAGUCAGGAUGGCCAUCAACCUGUUCCACGGAGACGAUGAAUGCUGUGGUACGGUAACAACAGGCGGCACAGAAUCAAUAAUAAUGGCCUGUAAAGCAUUCAGGGACCUUGCUUACAGUAAGGGUAUAACCAACCCUCAAAUCGUAGUGCCGACUACAGUGCAUACAGCCUUCGACAAGGCGGCCCAGUACUUAGGACUGUCUGUGAAGACCGUACCAGUGAACCCAGAAACUAUGACUGUGGAUAUUGAGAAGGUUAAAAAGGCUAUUGGGAGAAGGACUUGUUUGAUCGUAGGCUCAGCUCCGAACUACCCCUACGGUACAAUGGAUGACAUCAUUGCCUUAUCGAAUAUCGCACUCGAGAACGACGUGCCACUCCACGUAGACGCCUGCCUCGGAGGCUUUGUGGCCGCCUUCAUGCCUGACGCCGGGCAUAACGUACCCGUCUUCGAUUUCAGACUGCCCGGAGUCUCUAGUAUAUCUGCUGAUACUCAUAAAUACGGGUUUGCACCAAAAGGCACGUCAGUGGUCCUGUACCGCAAGGAGGAGUACAGACACCACCAGUACACCGUCACUACGGAGUGGCCCGGCGGGGUCUACGGCUCGCCCACUGUCAAUGGCAGUCGCGCGGGUGGUCUGAUAGCGGCGUGCUGGGCGACCAUGAUGUACGUGGGCAAGGCGCGGUACGUCUCUAUGACGGACGAGAUCAUCAAGACUGCCAGGCAUAUUGAGGCAGAGUUGCGCAAGAUCCCAGGGCUGUUCGUGUUUGGCAAGCCGGCGACAUCAGUAAUAGCGUUCGGAUCGAAACAGUUUGACAUAUUCAAGAUGGGUGAAUUACUACACAAGAAGGGGUGGAGCUUAAACGCUUUGCAAUUCCCAUCUGGUAUCCACAUCUGCGUGACGCACGCCCACACACAGCCCGGUGUCGCGGACCGGUUCCUGCAAGACAUGCGGGACGUCGCCAGGGAAUGUCUCGCCAAUUCCAAGGAACCCGUCGAGGGGAAGAUGGCGAUAUACGGCGUAGCUCAAGAGAUAUCGGACAGGAGUCUGGUGUCAGACAUCACGAAGUACUUCAUAGACUCCAUGUACUACCUACCCAAGGCAGACGACUAGUGUAACUUGGUCUACACCACGAACGUACCUUACAGUAGCGGCCAUAUUUACUCUCGACAUUAUUAUUAUAAUUAUAUUGUUAUCAUGUUUUUAAAACAUGCUUAAUUAAUUGAAAAUGGGGAUGAUAACUAGUCACAUCAAUUUAAAAAUUUUUAGAUUCCUUUUAAUAUUUUUACUUUUAAAUAAAUUUGAAAAACGAUUAAAUGCAGCUUUUAAUUAAAUCACUUAAUGAGAGUAUAGUUUUUAUUGUAUAUUCAGUUAUAUUUUUGACUAUAAUAAGAAUAAGUUUCAGAAAAAGAUUACAGUGUGUUUUGUUUGUACGAGAAUGCUUUACGUUUAAAGUAAUCGAAACGAAAGCGCGUUCGCUCUGAUUGGUUGGUUUAUUCGUGCUGGCCAAUCAGAGCGCCGAACACGUUAUCUCGUACUAAGGACUUCACACUAGAUAGAGAAAUAAUUUAUUUUUGACAGUUAUCAUCUCUAUGUGUAGUAGCAACUUGCCCUGGCCUGGUUUUGGCUGUUGCAUUGAAUUUUUCUAUCGUCUUCCUAUAUACCUUUAUUUUACUUUCUUCAAGAAUAUUCAGUUGUUUUCGUUCUUGUGUUUAUUAUUUAUUUAUAUCUUAAAACAUAACAUCUAUUUCAAUAUUUUUUAUCUUUAUGGUGGCUGUUUAUCAUGUUUUUAUGUAUAUUCGAAAAUGUUACGAGAGUAUAUUUUUGCCAAUUUCCAUCUAGUCUAAGUUAAACUUGGUUGCCAUUUGUCAGCAGUCUGCAUUUGACGAGUUUUUUAACGUAUAUUUUUUUUUUAUAAAAUAUGAUUCAUCAAUUCAUUAUGUAAUAAUUGUAAUUAUGAAUUCCUUUGUAAUCACAUUCUAUAAGUACGUAAGCAACGAACGAAUAAUGUUGUAUCUUGUAAUCACAAUUUUUUGAAUUAUUUUGAUUUUAAUUUUAAGUAUUUUGUAUAUAAGUGGAGUUAUGUAUAUUACGGAUCAUUUACUUGAGGUUAUUUUGAUGGUUGUAUAUUUUUGUUUAUGUUUUAAUAUAUUUAAAAUAAAGGGAAAGUAUAUUA